CGGCAUUUAAACAGGGAUCAAAGGAAUGAUGGGAGAUGAGGAGUUUAAGAACGCACUAUACAUGAUUGAUAUAGGGCAGAACGAUAUCGAUGGCCUAUUUUCUUCCCUUUCUAGCCAAACUGAAGUGAUUAAACAGAUUCCAUCCUUCAUCUCCGAAAUUAACAAUACUCUUCGGACCAUAUAUUAUGCAUACGGUGGAAAGAAGUUUUGGGUGCACAACACUGGGCCAUUUGGGUGUUUGCCUAAGAAACUUGCUACCAUAAAAGUGAAUAAUGCAAGUACCGAUUUGGACGAUUAUGGCUGCCUCAAGUCUCUUAAUGAAGCGGCACAAAUAUUCAACACGCAGCUGAAAACUAUAUGUGAACAACUCAGAGUUGAGCUUAAGAAUGCUACCAUUGUAUAUGUGGAUAUCUACAGCAUUAAGUACAGCCUUAUUUCCAACUCCACCCUCUACGGUUUUCCGGAGCCAUUGACGUCAUGCGCUGGGUGUGGGGAACCGCCAUACAACUACCGUCAACCAUGUGGGGAGGGUGAGUUUAAGGUGUGCGAGGAAGGCUCAAAAUACAUAAGUUGGGAUGGAGUUCAUUACACUGAUGCUGCAAACGCCAUUGUUGCUUCUGCAAUUUCAUCUGGAAACUAUUCCACUCCUACGCUCAAAUUCGACUACUUCUGCUCUCCCUAGCUAUAUACUCCAAACUCCCAACUAGUUUAAUUAAUUAUUUUCACCCACCCCACUAAAAAUUUGUUGCAACUCUCAGACCACUCCCAUCAUUUUAAUUAAUUUAAUAAAAACUGGGUUUUUAAUUUGUGUAAUCACUUCAAUUCCUAAUUGUUAUUAUAUAUACCGC